AUUCAAAGAGCUCUACAAAGAGGGGUUGUCUUGAGCAUCCAUCAGACACGGAUGAAAUGGGUUCAAGUGACUCAACAAUCAUUCUGGAUCGGUCCACAGAAGGAAGUGACAGCCAAGGCUCAGAAAGUCAGUUAGAAGGAAAAAGGAGAUCCCAAAGCCUGCCUGAAGAAGCACCCUCUGCCCUGUCCAGUCCUGAUGCUGAGUUUGUCCAACUGUCUCAUGACUCUAACAAGUCUGCAGAUGUUGACAGUCCAGACUCCUACAGUCCAGCGAUCUUGGCCAAGCACUACAAGACCCUACAAACUUUGUAUAAAAGAAAAAAUCCAAACCACCACGAUGUCUCUCAUCUCUUGGAUUUGGAAUUUGUAUCCCGGAGAGCAUUCAUUGACUCAAAUACCAUUCGCGAGGAGGACAGACACGAGAAAGUUCUAGAUGCAUAUCAAUGUUUCAGGGACGUUGGACAUGUGAUGGAGGAGCUUCAACGCAUUCUGGAUAAGGAUAACACCAACUUCAUCGAUGAACUGAAAGGAAGAUGGCAUGACUUCUGCCAGAAGGUGCAGUUUUUUGGUGUAUGGAAAAAGGCGUUGAAACCCCCAAUGGGAAUGGACAAAGCUGAACAGGCUCUUGAGAUCCUACGUGUGCUGCCAUCACUGUUCCCCUCCACGUCUGCUCCUCCAAAGAGGGUACGAAAUGCGAGUGAGGCUCUGGUGCAUGUCCUCGAGGAAACGGAAGACCCCAAUUCAUACCUGAAAAAACGGCCUCUCUCCUGCCCAGUCCUGAUUGUCAGUCCGUCCAACUGCCUCCUAGCGGUAGGAGAUGUGGGAAUAACCACCUUUCCAAAAGACAAGCUUACCGAGAGUGCUUUAUACCUAAUGGCCUACUAUUAUACCCUACACCUGACCUAUCCAAAGUGUGUAGCCACUCUGCUUUCGGUCAUCCAGACGGAGGUCCUCUUAGACAAAAUCCAUGAGAGAGAUCUCACAUCGUCUUACAAGAAGAGCAUGGCUGAGUGGGAAGCUUUUAUUGGCCAAUAAAACCACUGGUCAGAUAUGUGGUGUACAGGAUAGCACUUCCUCUCUCCCGCCAAGGUUGCCACAGUCCAUGUUCAUUGCAUGUUUUCAUGUUGGAGUUCCAUAAAUACUGUGAGCCAAAAUGUUGAAGAAAUUAAGAUGUUUCCCUUUUAUGUUCAAUUAAAAAAAAUUGGGUUAAAUGCAGGACUAGUUUUCAUUUAUUCUGUCUUAUAAUAAAUAGUUAAUGUCUUGAAUCUAGUAGGUGAAUGUCUUGAAUUUAGUAGGUGAAUGUCUUGAAUCUAGAACAGUAUUACUUUUGUAGAGCUUAAAAUAAGGUAAAUACACUUGAUGACAGGAUGGUAAAUUACUUUUUAUAAUGGCAAAAGAGUCAGGAAGGCUAACUUCAAGACAUUUUGUCUCAAAAUGCCAUUUUCUAAUCUUAUUUCAAGUAGCUGGUGGACUUAAAUCUAAAACAGUGUAACAAUUAUAUAACUAAAAAUGUGUUAAAUACACUUGAAACA